AUGGCGGCGAAACGUUUCACGCAAAGUGUGCACCAUCAUCAUCAGUUCUUGAGCGAAGUGAUGUCAAAACCGGCCAGUUUACCGAAAUAUGAUUUUGCGAAGCUGAAAAAACAGAUGCCUGAACAUGCAGCUGUACUGGAUUCAUUGCAACGGCAAUAUGAGACAUUGCAAAUACCUCUGGGCACUAUACCGGAUAAGUUCAUAAAGGCUGGUUUUAAGAUCUUCUUUUUUUUGCUUUUUUUGUGGAAACUGACGCAAUAUAUGUUAGAAAUUGAUAAUUUUUUGAAAUAUGUUGAUACGAAAGUGGAUCUUCUGGAUCGUAAAUUGGUGGAUGCAGCCGAGGAUGAGAAAAAAGUGAAAGCGAAAUACGAGAAUAUGCCACCAAUCGAGCAUUUUCACCGGGACCAUUACGCGCAGUAUUUCCCGGAAGUGCACCGGGAUGUUCGCCUGCCAAUUACCCGUUUCACAAUCGGUUGGGGUAGCACAAAUACACCGGAACAUUUCGAGGAAUUGAAAGAGCUUUUCAAGGAUUAUCGAUGCAGACCUGUUCCGGAACAUAUGAGAAAGUGA